AUGGGUGGAGACUCAAACCGGGGAGGCGGGCAACAAGGAAAAAUUAAGAAACAGCAGAAGAUCGGAUGAAAACGGAGAACAAGGAAGAAAAAGAGGAGAAGGAAGAAGAAGAUGAGAAGGAAGAAAAAGCAGAAGGAAGAAGAAGACCCAGCAAAUUUCGCGACGAGGCGGCAACGAACAUCGGUCCCGCAGUGACAAGCGGCCCAACGAAUCGGCGACGGGAGGCAGUCCGGCGAAGAAUCAACAGACAUCACAUCGCAUCUCAGAGAGAUGCGCUCCCACCUGGUGCGCUCCCUCUUCGUUGCCUGAUUGAAAAGCGGUGCAACUUGUAUUUGAUGGGUAAGAGCACUUUUGAUCGAGGGUAUUCUCGUCCUCCCGAUUCAAAAUAGGUCCUAUUUUGGGGCUUGAACCCACGUUAAUCUAAAGAUAUCCCUUACUCCCCAAACGCAGCCACUAGACCACUGUGACCCUUAUGAAAAAGAAGGAAGAUAGUUGUAUACAUUUCGCGUUUUCU